AUUCUAACCUAUAAAUGCGACGUUUGACAGUGUUUGGUAAAUAAACAACGAAUUUAUACGUAAAAUAGGACACAUUUAUACGAAAAAAAUUCAAAAAUGACCGCGCCCCCGCAGGCUUUGGUGAAUCGCAAUAAAAAGCACUUCCUGGGGGUCCCAGCUCCUCUAGGUUACGUAGCGGGUGUUGGAAGAGGAGCGACCGGUUUCACCACUAGAUCUGAUAUUGGUCCGGCUAGAGACGCAAAUGAUGUUUCUGAUGAUCGCCACGCGCCCCCAGCAGCCAAAAGAACGAAGAAGAAAGACGAGGAGGAGGAAAAAGAAGAAGAGGAAGAUUUGAAUGACUCAAACUACGAUGAUUUUAAUGGUUAUGGGGGUUCUCUGUUUUCAAAGGACCCUUACGAUAAGGAUGAUGCCGAAGCGGAUGCGAUUUACGAGGCCAUCGACAAAAGAAUGGAUGAAAAGCGUAAGGAGUAUCGAGAAAAACGUCUUAGAGAAGAAUUGGAGAGGUAUCGUCAAGAGAGGCCAAAAAUCCAGCAACAAUUCUCAGAUUUGAAGAGAGACUUGGGUAUGGUUUCUGAGGAAGAAUGGAGAAACGUUCCGGAAGUGGGAGAUGUCAGAAAUAGAAAGCAGAGGAAUCCUAGGGCUGAAAAAUUCACCCCCUUGCCUGAUAGCGUGCUGGCUAGGAAUUUAGGGGGUGAAGCUUCUAAUAGUAUUGACCCCAACUCUGGAUUGGCCAGCAUGGUGCCAGGGGUGCAAACUCCAGGUAUGUUAACCCCAACAGGAGAUAUGGACCUCAGGAAAAUAGGCCAGGCCAGAAACACUCUUAUGAAUGUCAAACUAUCACAGGUUUCUGACUCUGUAACAGGCCAAACAGUAGUUGAUCCAAAAGGUUACCUCACUGAUUUACAAUCAAUGAUACCAACUUAUGGAGGUGACAUUAAUGACAUUAAAAAGGCCAGACUUUUGCUUAAAUCAGUCAGAGAAACAAAUCCAAAUCACCCGCCGGCCUGGAUUGCCAGUGCGCGUUUAGAGGAAGUAACAGGCAAAGUUCAGGCAGCUAGAAACUUAAUUAUGAAGGGAUGCGAAGUGAAUCCGCAAAGCGAAGAUUUAUGGCUUGAAGCUGCAAGAUUGAACCCACCUGACACCUCCAAAGCUGUCAUAGCCCAGGCUGCAAGGCAUAUACCUACUUCGGUUAGGAUAUGGAUAAAGGCUGCUGAUCUGGAGGACGAGACCAAGGCGAAGCGCAGGGUGUUCCGCAAGGCUCUCGAGCACAUCCCCAACUCCGUUCGGCUCUGGAAGGCGGCCGUGGAGCUGGAAAAUCCGGAGGACGCCAGAAUUUUGCUGUCCAGAGCCGUGGAAUGCUGUCCCACGGCCGUGGAACUCUGGUUGGCCUUGGCCAGGCUGGAAACGUACGAAAACGCGAGAAAAGUUUUGAACAAGGCCAGAGAAAACAUACCUACAGACAAGCAAAUCUGGACGACAGCGGCCAAACUGGAGGAGGCCAACGGCAACCACCACAUGGUGGAAAAAAUCAUCGAGAGAGCCAUAACCUCACUUAGCUCUAACGGGGUGGAAAUCAACCGCGAGCACUGGUUCAAAGAGGCCAUAGAGAGCGAAAAAGGCGGCCACGUGCACUGCUGCAAGGCCAUCAUAAAAUCGAUAAUUACGUGCGGCGUGGAACCUGAGGAUCAAAAACACACGUGGAUGGAAGAUGCAGAGCACUGCGUGAAUCAAGGCGCUUAUGAGUGCGCACGCGCGGUUUACAGCAUCGCUUUGGUGACAUUCCCGGGCAAGAAAUCAAUAUGGCUGAGGGCUUCCUACUUGGAAAAAAACCACGGAUCCCGAGAGAGUUUGGAAUUGUUACUGCAACGCGCUGUCGCUCAUUGUCCGAAAUCGGAGGUUUUGUGGUUGAUGGGGGCCAAAAGCAAAUGGCUCGCCGGGGAUGUCCCGGCGGCCAGAGGCAUCCUAUCGCUGGCCUUCCAAGCCAAUCCCAACAGCGAAGAGAUUUGGUUGGCCGCCGUAAAACUGGAGUCGGAAAAUCACGAAUACGAACGGGCUAGACGCCUGUUGGCCAAAGCCAGAGGUUCCGCUCCCACGCCGCGCGUCAUGAUGAAAUCUGCCAAGUUGGAGUGGUCUUUGAACGACUUGGGCGCCGCUUUAAAUCUGCUGGACGAAGCCAUCAAGGUCUUCCCGGAUUUCCCGAAAUUGUGGAUGAUAACCGGGCAAAUCUACGAACAGAAGAACGAUUUUUCCAAAGCUUUCGACACCUACAACGCCGGGAUCAAAAAAUGUCCAAAUUCAAUCCCACUGUGGAUCUUACUGACAAGGUUAGAAGAAAAACGUGGUUUACUGAUUAAAGCACGUUCCGUAUUGGAAAAAGCGCGCCUAAAAAACCCCAAAAACGAUCAACUUUGGUUGGAGGCCAUACGAGUCGAACUCAGGGCUGGCAUGAAAGAUAUCGCCAACUCCAUGAUGGCCAAAGCGCUGCAAGAAUGCCCCAACAGCGGGAUUUUAUGGUGCGAGGCCAUAUUUUUAGAGCCUAGGCCUCAGAGAAAAACCAAAUCAGUUGACGCUCUGAAAAAGUGCGAGCACGAUCCACAUGUAUUAUUAGCAGUCAGUAAGCUGUUUUGGUCUGAGAGAAAGUUGAACAAGUGCAGGGAAUGGUUUCAACGUACAUUGAAGAUCGAACCUGACCUAGGAGACGCCUGGGCUCACUGGUUCCGGUUUGAACAGUUGCACGGUACAAAAGAACAACAAGAGGAGGUUAAAACACGCUGUUUAGCUGCUGAACCUCACCAUGGAGAGUUAUGGUGUAGUGUGUCAAAGAAUAUUAAAAAUGUAGGGUUAAAUAUAGAGCAAUUACUUACUGCUGUUGCUGUAGAGGUACCUAUACCAGUGUAAUCAAGAAAAAGGAUUU